AAUUGAAAAACAGAAGGGAAAGAUGAUUCAAAAAACACAAGAAUUCAAAGGUCUCGGGUUCUGAGAAACUCCUUUGGCCCUUGUCCUCCUCGGAAGCUUUAGGGUUUUCAGAGCUUCAUAUAUAUAUUUUUUUUCUCAACGCUUACUUGCCAUUGGCCAUAAGUGGCAUUUCCAAGAUAAAACGAACCGCUAUUUGACUCUGUUCUACGAUUCCACAGAGUAUAACAAUCGAUUACUUCUCACUUCCGUUUCAGUGAACCGAAACUUUGAAAAAUAUCGACAUUACUGCGCGACACGGGCUAGAAAUUUUGAGAGGAAAAGAAAAUGUCCAUUGCUGAUGAGCCGCUAUAUCCCAUAGCAGUGCUUAUAGACGAACUGAAAAAUGAUGACAUUCAGCUGCGAUUGAACUCGAUACGGAAGUUAUCUACGAUUGCCCGGGCUCUUGGGGAGGAGCGAACGCGUAGGGAGUUGAUACCCUUUUUGGGUGAGAAUAAUGAUGAUGAUGAUGAGGUACUUCUUGCAAUGGCUGAAGAGUUGGGGGUGUUUGUUCCUUUUGUCGGCGGAGUGGAACAUGCUCAUGUGUUGCUCCCACCUUUGGAGACGCUUUGCACUGUUGAGGAAACUUGUGUGAGAGAUAAAGCUGUCGAAUCACUUUGUAGGAUUGGAUCACAGAUGAGGGAAAGUGAUUUGGUUGAAUAUUUCAUUCCUUUGGUGAAGAGGUUGGCAGCAGGUGAAUGGUUCACUGCUCGAGUGUCUUCAUGUGGGCUAUUUCACAUUGCUUACCCUAAUGCACCGGAAAUGUCAAAGACAGAGUUAAGAUCAAUAUACAAUCUGUUGUGUCAAGAUGACAUGCCUAUGGUAAGAAGAUCUGCUGCAUCAAAUCUUGGAAAGUUUGCUGCAACUGUUGAAUACACUCAUUUGAAGGCUGACACUAUGUCAAUUUUUGAGGAUCUCACUAAGGAUGAUCAAGAUUCUGUUAGAUUGUUGGCGGUGGAGGGUUGUGCUGCACUUGGGAAGCUGCUGGAGCCACAAGAUUGUGUCACACAUAUACUACCGGUUAUUGUCAACUUCUCACAGGUGCAUUUUUAAGAGUGAACUAUACAAGUAAUGAAG